AUCUACAAAGAAGAAGAGCCUGGUCUUUACAAAAACAACGCAGCUGCUGCAAUGUUUUGAGGCGUUUGUUUCUAAACAGACAGUGGAUCAUUAUGAUUCUCGAUUCACUUUUGAAAGCUUAGAAAGUGAGGGUUCAUGUUGUUGGGGCUGAAAGCGUGAAAAUGGAUUUGCUAACUGUGGAAGAUCUUUCCUGUCCUGUGUGUGGUGAGAUCUUCAAGUCUCCUGUUGUUUUGUCAUGCAGCCACAGCGUGUGUAAAGAGUGUCUUCAACAGUUCUGGAAAACAAAGGAAACUCAGGAGUGUCCUUACUGUGGGAGCAAACUAUCAAAAUGUGAUCCUCCAGAUAAUCUCGCAUUGCAAAACUUGUGCGAGAUGUACCUGAAGGAGAGAAAAGAGAAAUGUCUAUCAGAAGCUGAGGAGAUCUGCGGCUUACACAGUGAGAAACACAAACUCUUCUGUCUGGAGGACAAACAGCCUGCUUGUGCAGAGUGUUUUACUUCUCAAACACAUGUUAAUAACACAUGUGAAGUUGUUCCAUCGUAUAAGGAGCAGCUCGCUGCAGCACUUAAGUCCUUGCAUGAAAGACUUCUACAGAGUGAAAACAUUAUAGGAGAGUUUGAGAAAACCCUUCAACACAUCUGGUCUCAAGCCGACAACACGGAGCAUCAGAUUAAACAGCAGUUCGAAAAGCUUCAUCAGUUUCUUAGAGACGAAGAAGCAGCUAUAAUCACUGCCCUGAGGGAGGAGGAGGAGCUGAAGAAGCAGAUGAUGAGGGAGAAGCUGGACGAGAUGAACAGACACAUACUGAUUCUUUCACACACGAUCAAAGACACAGAAGAGAUGAUGAUAGCCAAUGACGUCUGCUUCCUAAAGGAGUUUCCAGUCUCAGUCGAAAGACUCCAGAUCUUAUCACAGCCAGAUCUUCAGUUGACUCCUGGAGCUUUGAUUCACGUGCCACGCUACUUGGGCAACCUGCCCUUCAGGAUCUGGAAGAAGAUGCAGGACAUCAUCCAAAACACUCCUGUGAUCCUGGAUCCAAACACUGCAAAUCCACGCCUCACCUUGUCUGAUGAUCUGACCGGCGUGAGACGGAGCAACUAUCAACCCGUUCCUGACAAUCCGGAGAGAUUUGACUGUUAUCGCUGUGUCCUGGGUUCGGAGGGGUUUAACUCAGGAACACACUACUGGGAUGUGGAGGUCAAAGAAGGUUCAGUCUGGACUCUUGGAGUAACUACAGCAUCCAAUCAGAGGAAAGGAUGGGAUUUUUUCAACACCGAUGUCUGGAGCUUGCAAUACAAUAUGUCUAGACAGUCUGGCUUCCCUGUCUUGCAGCAGCUUGACCGUGUGAGAGUGGUUCUGGACUAUGAUGGAGGAACGGUGUCAUUCAUUGAUCCUGUAACCAGCAUGCAUCUACACACGUUCAAGACCACCUUCACUCACACACUAUUUCCAUUCUUCAGUACUCCGGACACUCUGAGGAUUUUACCGGUCAGUAGCCAGUGAUUGUUACUCCUGUAGGUCUGGAUCUUUCUGCUUUCAUCUGAUCAGAUCUUCUGAAUUCUUUUUCCAGUGUUUAACCACUGAAAUAGUUAAAUUAAAACAUUUUCAGUUGUGAAUUAUUUUUCAUCGUAUUAAAUGGAUGUAAAAGAUUCUUGCUGGCCCACAACAGCGUAGAAUGAAAUAGAAAUGGACCUUUUUCACAGUUGUGUGUUCAAAAAGCGGACGUUUGAAUAGUUGUGCAAUUUAUUAUUAUUUAUUUUCCUUCCGAUACAAUCAUCAUGCAUUCAAUUGGGUGUGUUAAAAUAAAUUGACACUUUUUUUUGUGUGUGAUUGGACAGCGUUGUACUUUAGAUAAUAUUGGAGAUGAAUCUUCAUGAAGAUGGUGCAAUAUUACAAACUAUUAAAGUGAAUUAAAAUGAAUAUUCCUCCAGCAGUGCCCACACCAACCAUCUCGCUUACAUAUGGAGUUAAACUCCAGCAGGAACAGCUUACGUUUUCAAAAACCUGCAAUACUAGUUCGUACGUCCGCUUCUCCACGUCGGUUUUUAUAAAUAUGAGCAUUGGUGUGAAUUAAAGUGUACGCACACUCUACGAACAAAUCUGAGCGUUCGCACAUUUUAUGAAUCUGGCCCCAGAAGGGCAGAAUAUCUAAAUUCAAAUAUGACGAGUUUCCAAAGUCUAAUCAUGUCUAAGUGCAACGUUACCUUCAAAUAAUACCUUCAAGUCAGUAUUAAACCUUCAAAGACCUUGGAGUUAAAUGGAGUGAUGAAGGCAGUUCACUCAACAGCAUUUAGGGUAGGUUUAAUGUCAUUUCACAAGCUUGCUUAUUUCAUUUGGCCUUGGCUUUACAGACAGGGUUUAGAUUUAGUUCCGUUAGGACAUUUUAAGCAGAUUUUAUAUGCGUGCCUUAGGAAAAAAUACUAUUGCGCAUCAUCAAAACCAAAGCCCUGACAUAUUUUAAGAACUAUCAGUGCUUUGGCUGUCUGUGAAACAGGGAUUGAUGUUUUAUAAUGAUUUUAACGACAAAAAAAAGAGCUCUCUGAUGUUUGAGGAUCUUCUGACAUUCAUGGCCAGGUGCCCUCCUCUUGGCUUUCCCAAAAAAGCUGAAAUGGACUUUUGCGCUCAAAAAGAUGGAUGCCAAAGACUGCCUUGUGGAUCAACUUGCUCACUGGUGCUUUUCCUUCCAAGAGGGGUAGUUGGUUACCAAACCUGCUGUGGUAAAAAGAUCAGUUUUGUUCUUUGAUCAUGCUGCCCUGGUUUUCCAAAUUCUCAAAAUAUUAAACUACUCUACACAAAAAUAGACAUGUUUGUCCAAAGGCUGUAGUCCACAUCUAAAAUGGACAUUAUUCACACUUUAAAAUGUAUGGUUGGUGUACCGUAGUUGGAACACAAUUGUAUUUGUGUAUAAAAUAUUUGGACAAAA